AUGAAUGAUAAAUUCUAAUAAACAGCUAAUUUUUUCUACCCUUAAGAUAAACCUGAGAAUAAAUAGAAAUUUGUACAUUCUAGAAGAUUAUUAAAACCAAAGAGCAUAGUUUCUAAUCCAUCAACAUAAUUGUAAAAUAAUGUAGUUAAUAGAUGGGUUAUAGAACUACUCCAAAACGAAGUACAGAUAAUUCAGGUUUACACACUCCUACAUAAAUAGAAGAAAUAAGAAAACAAUCUGAAAUAAUAAGAGAUUAUGAAAUGAGAAAGAGUAACAAUUAUCGAAUUUUAAGUUCGAAUAUUAAUAAUAGAUGCAAUAAUCCAUAAUAGAUUAGUUUUGGAAAUAGAUUCUAAUUUGUUAAUGACUAAAAAAUCUAUAGAUUUACAUAGAGUCCUUAAUAAUAAAUAAAUAAACUGCCUGAAAUAUUUAAUCAUAGAAAUUCUUGUUAAGGUUUUAAAUAACAAUAUAGAAUAUAAAGUAGUCAAAAUAAAAGAGACACAAUAACAAAUUUCAAUGUAGAAAACCCUAAAGAAGUAUAUGUAAGACAAUGUUUAUAAAAUUUGGAAUUGAAACGAACAAUUUAGAAAUAAAAUGAUACUAAAUAGAUUAAUUAACCGAUUUCUUUUUUAUAAACAAAACAAUAGAUGAAGAUGAUAAAUAGAAUAUUUUCAGGCAAACGGGAUUCAUGA